AUGGAGUCCCACGAGAUGAGCCCGGUCAAAGGGCCUCAAGUCAACAUUGAAGAUGAGAAGAGAGAGUUUUCAACGCAGUAUCGCGGCCAAAGGACUGACGGGACUAGAAACACGUCGACGAGAGUCCGAAGAAUUUUCAGCUUCGCUCAGAUUUUCUUCUUCGCCCUCAGUUAUAUGUCGUCCUGGGAGGCCAUUGCGUCAAACAUUGCAUACUUCUUCUGGAAUGGCGGUCCUCGUUCCGUCUCCUUUGGCUAUUUCGUUGUCAUCUCAGGUGUGCUGUGCCAGGUCGCAUCCAUGGCUGAGAUGGCUUCGGUACAGCCAAUCGCAGGCGCGCAGUACCAUUGGACUCACUACCUCGCGCCUCCAUCUCACAGACGAUUCAUCACCUGGAUGCAAGGCUGGAUCACCUGGUUCUCGUGGAUCUCACUUUUGGCCGGCGUGGCCAACAUCGCUGCCCUCAUGAUUCAGGCACUUGUCAUUGCCAACUAUCCAACCUACAUUCCACACGGAUGGCAUGUGACCUUGAUCAUCUACGCCCUGCUUCUUGUCCAGGGAUUGAUGAAUCAGUACGCUUUUUGGACAAUUCCCUGGAUCGAGUUGCUCUCCGGUCUGCUGCACAUCAUCAUGUGGGUGGUCUUCGUGUCGGUGUUGGUCACACUCGCUCCCCGCCACACGGCAGACUUUGUCUUCUUGGAGAAGUCGGCUCUUUCUGGGUGGAACAACGAAUACAUCUCAUUCAACCUUGGGAUGCUUACCGCCACCUGGGGUUUCGUAGGUUUCGAUGGAGCAGUCCAUAUGUCUGAAGAAGUGCGAAAGGCGCGACACGCAGUACCGAGAGCCAUGUUCUGGAGUAUUGUCAUGAACGGGGCGCUCGCAUACGGGAUGGUGCUUGUCUUCCUGUUCUGUGCUGGAGACGUCAACGACCUGCUCUCCUCGGGAUAUCCCCUAUUGCUCAUCUGUAUCAAUGCGACUCAAUCCACAAGGGCGGGCUCGGCAAUGGUGGGCCUAUCGAUGAUCGUUACUCUCGCCUGCUGUCUCGGCAGCAUUGCGUCUGCAUCUCGAUUGACUUGGGCCUGGUCUCGAGAUGGAGCACUCCCCGCCUACUUCUCGUACAUCGACCCGAAGCACCGCAUCCCCGUCCGCUCGGUCUGGCUACCGGUCUUCAUCGUCAUGUUGCUGGCGCUCCUCAACGUCGGCAGCAGCGUCGCAUUCAACGUCAUCGUGGCGCUCUCAACUCUCGGCCUGUACCAAUCAUACCUCAUGGCCAUUGCUUGUAUGAUCUGGGCACGGUACAGAGGGAGGGUCGAGCCCCCUGGAUGGUCUCUGGGCCGCUGGGGCAUUUACAUCAACAUCUUUGCGGUCAUCUACUCAGCCUACAUCAUGGUCUUCCUGUGCUUCCCGUCCUUCCUCCCGAUCAACGGCUCCGACAUGAACUACGCCCUCCCGAUCAACGCCUUUGUCCAGCUGGUCGCUCUGGCUCUCUGGUUCCUAUGGGGCAAGGCGAACUGGAAAGGUCUCAACAAGGACGUCGUGGACGCCGUCGUGGCCGACUCGGACCGCAACACCAAGGAUUAA